AUGGCAGAUCUGAGAGAAAUCAUCAUCGCAUCAAAAUUGGGCGAUCCUUCGCUUCACAAGGCUGUGGUUGAUCCGGAUUCCCCUUGUUACACCAUUACCAAGGGAGUGCUCAACAGCCUUGGUUACGACAAAUUCAAGAAUGUAACAUUUGAUAGCCAGCAUCCAAAGCACCACCAAGAGAGUGAUCAUACAUCAAGGAUACAACUUCGGGUUCGAUUGCCCGGCGCAAAGAAGUAUCUGAGGAUCCUCUUCUGCGUCAUUGAGAGCGAUUCCAAGGACAUCAUUCUGCCGGCACCAAUCUCCGAUGAGGACGCAGGGCCUGCAACAGGAGGGGUGUUGGUGAUGACCAACGAUAGCGGCCAGUCGGGGGACGCGACCGUGCGACAAAUUACGGCCACUCGACUAGCAAAGGAACAAGAGGACGCACGCGUCCACCAGAAACUUCGAGAAGCCGAGAUGAAAAGACGACACGCCCUAGCCGCGAAGGUGAAGAACGAGAAGAAACCCUGA